AGGAACAGAGAGGGUGUGCAGGCAAGACGGUACACAGUGGCCCCAGGAUGGCGCUUCCCACGGGUGGGUACAUGUAGCCCUCAGAGAUGGCACCAGACAUGUGGCUCUUCGUCGGGAUCACUGGACUGCUGAUGGCAGCACUCUCAGGUCUCCCCUCCCCAGCCCCGUCUGGCCAGCACAAUACCAGCAGUGCAGAGAGCAGGCCCUUGAAGCCAGGAGAGCGGCUCGGGGUCCGCCUGGUGAACGGGAGCAGCCGCUGCAGCGGGACGGUGGAGGUCCGGCUCACCGCGUCCUGGGAGCGGCCCUGCGGGGCGCGCUGGGACCGCCACGCCGCGGAGGCCGUGUGCCGCGCGCUAGGCUGCGGCUCGGCGGGGACGACUGCCCAGCCCGGUCCGCCCACCCCGGAGCUGCCGCCUGGGCCCAUGGCGGGGAACAGCAGCGGGACCCCGAACACCACGCGGCCGCUGGCACCCGCCAUCCUGUGCAGCGGAGCUGAUUGGCAUCUCUGCGAGGUAGUGGAGCAGGUGUGCAGCAGCGACGAAAGGCCCGCGCAGGUCACCUGUGCAGAGAACCGCGCCCUGCGGUUGGUGGACGGUGGCAGCCCCUGCGCAGGCCGCGUGGAGAUGCUGGAGCAUGAUGAGUGGGGUACGGUGUGUGAUGACACAUGGGACCUGGAGGAUGCCCACGUGGUGUGUCAGCAACUGAACUGCGGCCCAGCAGUCCAGGCCCUGCCUGGCUUGCACUUCACCCCCGGCAGAGGGCCCAUCCACCGUGACCAGGUGAACUGCACUGGGGCGGAGGCCUACCUGUGGGACUGCCCAGGGCUGCCAGGAGACCAGUAUUGUGGCCACAAAGAGGACGCAGGCGUGGUGUGCUCAGAGCACCAGUCCUGGCGCCUGACAGGGGGCAUUGACUCCUGCGAGGGGCAGGUGGAGGUGUACUUCCGAGGGGUCUGGAGCACGGUGUGUGACAGUGAGUGGUACCUGUCAGAGGCCAAGGUGCUCUGCCGGGCCUUGGGCUGCGGAAGUAUGGUGGACCGGCCCAAGGGGCUUCCUCACUCCCUGGUGGGCAGGAUGUACUACUCGUGCAGAGGAGAAGAGCCCACACUCUCGGAAUGCUCCUGGCGUUUUAACAACUCCAACCUCUGCAGCCAGUCGCUGGCAGCCAGGGUCCUCUGCUCAGGCUCCCGGAGAACGCACAAUCUGUCUGCUCCUGAGGUCCCUGCCAGCAUUCAGCCAGUCACUGUAGAAUCUCCUAUGAUAGUGAAAAUGGAAGACAAGGAAUCACGGGAGCUGACACUUCUCAUCCCCUGCAUCAUUCUGGGAGUUCUCCUCCUUGGCUCUCUUAUCAUCAUAGUCGUCCUCCUCUUGAGAGUUAAGGGAAAAUACGCCCUCCCUGCUACAGUGAACCACCAGCACCUUCCUUAUUACCCAACAGGGAUCAAUAGCUAUCAAGCUGUCCCCAUCGCCAUCAGCGUCCCCAAAGAAGAAGUUCCCACACUGUCCAUCCAGGUUCGGGCUCCAGGCCCUGAGGACUCGGACUCCAGCUCAGACUCAGACUAUGAGCACUACGAUUUCAGCGCCCAGCCUCCCGUGGCCCUGACCACCUUCUACAAUUCCCAGCGUCACCGGGUCACAGAGGAGGAGGCCCAGCAGAGCAGGUUCCGGAUGCCACCCUUGGAGGAAGGCGUUGAAGAACUGGGUGUUUCCCAUGUGCCGGUUGGGGACCCCAGACCCUCCAUUGCAGACACCCCCUCUCUGGGCCCUCAGUAUCACACAAGGAGCAUCAGUGGAUCUAGCACAUCCUCUGGGGAGGAUUACUGCAACAGUCCCAGCAGCAAGCCACCUCCGUGGAACUCCCAGGUGUUUUCUUCAGAGAGGGGUCCCCUCCUGGAGCAGACUCCCAACUUGGAGCUGGCUGGCUCCCAGGGAACUUUUUCAGGGCCUUCAGCUGAUGACAGCUCUAGCACCUCAUCCGGGGGGGAGUGGUACCAGAACUUCCAGUCACCACCCCAACCCCCUCUGGUGGAGCAGUUUGAGCAACCAGGGUCCCCCAGCCCUCAGCUGGACUCCACUGAUGAGGACGACUACGAUGACAUAGGAGCAGCCUAGUCUGAGUCCAGCAAGGCCCUGGGUGCUCUGUCCCUCUGCCCUCCUGCUCUCCCUACCCCCACCUCCAUCAUCUCCCAUGGGGCCAAAGCCCCACUCCCACCCCCAGAGAGAUGGAAAGAAACUCCACCUCAGCUGCUCAGCCUCCAUCCAUCCAUAAUCCUGCUGCCACAGGGCCCGGGACAGCGGCCCUGGAUGGAAGGCCAACCCUAGGGUGUGAGCUGUUGAGUAGGUCUGGUCAUCUCUCAGCAGCUAUUGGGGAAAGGGGGAAUUCACACGAACUGAAUGACUCCAAGGCUCCACUGACCCUUGAGUGUUGAGUGCUUUGAUUCUGAGUCAGGCAGUUUGGGACCUAGAGCUACUAACAGGAACCCAUCCUGGUCCCAUACCAGGUAUAUGUGCUGGAUGGAGCACACGGGCUGACCUCUUCUUUUGAUCAUGUGGUUCUGCAUCUGGCAGAGAACAUGACCUUUCUGGUCACUAACAGCUGACAGCAAACGAAUGACCAUGUGUCCUCCAUCAAGGAGCAGGUCCUGAAGCCAGUGCUGUCACCAGAGACCCUCAGAGCCCACCUUGGACACUGGCCUGUUCUGCUGACUAACCCUAGACAGCUUAGCCUUCUGAUGGUUUACACAGAUGGUCCCAAGCCAGCCCUCCAUGACUCCACCAUUGGAGACCAAGUCCCCAGUUGUCUACCAGGAAGGGCUAGAGGCUUCACCAAGCCCUGAGUCCCCAUGAGUCUGCUUGGAUUGCUGGGGACACUCCCAGAUGAAAACAAUGUUGCACCCAGGACGGUAAACAUGCUCUCCCAUAGCCUCAGAGAGGUCCAGGGCCCUUAGGCCAGGCUUGGGUGGCCUGUUCUGAGUGUCCUGAGAUUAAAUAAUUGC